GUAAAUGAAUGAGACCCCCCGCCGCAUUUUUUUCAACCGUUAAUAACCGUCGCGCCCUUAUAUCGCGCCCCCCCCAUUUCGUUUAAUGAUUCAAUCCCUUUUCAACGUGCGCCCAUUACUGAUCCGAAGACAUGGUGAAGCCCCUGAGAAGGCGGAAGAAACUCCGCCGAACCGACCCCCGUUUCCGGCGCCGGGGAGACUACUCCGUCACCUCGGCGGCGCCCGACGGCGGCGGGACGGACGAUUCUUCGUCGUUGUGUUCCUGCAGCGAGCCGAGUCUGGACAGCGGCGAAGACUACGGGAGCCCCGGAAAAGAGGAUUUCAGGAAGGCAGGGUUUACGGUUUUCGACGUCCCGGACGAGCUGACGGGGCGGCGUGACUCGGAGGGGAAGACGGCGGCGGCGGAAAGCGAAUCGGAGGGGAAUAGCUGUGAAAGAGGGAGGGCGUCGGGUGGCGCGUGGAUAUACCGCGCGGCGUUGGUAAGCGGCGCGGCGUUUGGGGCGGUUUCGAUGGGGUUGCUGAUGGGGAGAUUCUCGGGGUGUUUUUACCACGUUGAAUAUCUGGGUGCUCUCACUCCCACUUGAGUAAAUCCAUUUUUAACCUUUUAGAUAAACAUAGUAAAAAAAUUGUGCUCUAUUAGAGUAGUUUAGAUUUCAAUUGUAAUUCUCUUCUCCAAGGCUCCAAUGGAAUAUAAGCCUCCGUUUUAACUUUUUUGUAAUACCCCAACCCGCAUGACCUAAACCCGUGAGACAGCGGACCGGUGUGCCACUGAAUUGGUAUCCGAAUUUGCGACAUUUUCAAAACAAUUUUAAACAAACGUUCUACCAAUACAUAUAAAAAUCCAUCGGAGUAAUUUAAAAUAAUGCGGAAGCCUUUUU